GCAGUGGGCCACUGCGAGAGCAGAGACCUUGUAACAACUCAGCUGUUUGUCCAGUGCACGCUGUGUGGGAUGAGUGGUCACCAUGGAGCCUGUGUUCAUCCACCUGUGGGAGAGGCUACAGGUCUCGAACACGAACUUGUGCACCCCCACAGUUUGGGGGAGAUCCUUGUGAUGGACCAGAGAAACAGACCAAAUUCUGUAACAUAGCUGUAUGUCCAGUGGAUGGAUUCUGGAAUGAGUGGUCCAGCUGGAGUUCCUGCUCAGUCUCCUGUUCUAAUGGGACUAUGCAGAGAACCAGGGAGUGCAACAACCCAUCGUAUGGAGGCUCUGAGUGCAGGGGACAGUAUAUGGAGACUGUGGACUGCUUCCUUGGAGAGUGUCCUGUGGAUGGAAAGUGGCAACCAUGGUCCCUGUGGUCUGGUUGCUCUAAAACCUGUGGAGGGGGGAGGCAGCAGAGAAACAGGAUGUGCUAUGGACCCUUUUUUGGAGGAAAACAUUGUCCGGGAGAACGAGAAGAGGCCCGUCAUUGUAACGAAAAGAGAUGUCCAGAACCUCAUGAAAUAUGUGGCGAGGACAAUUUCUCCAAUGUUGUUUGGAAGAUGACUCCUGCGGGGGAUACGGCAGCAGUACGAUGUCCUCCCAACGCCAUGGGGCUAAUCUUGCGGCGAUGUUCACUGGAUGAGGAGGGCAUCGCUUACUGGGAAAAUUCCACCUAUAUGAAAUGCAUUUCCAAUGACUAUCGCAGUAUACAAACUUUAACUCGAGAACACUUGUCCAAAGCACAGCGUGGACUUGUGGGAGAUGGAGUUUCAGAAGUGAUUACAAAGCUGAGGGUCACAUCCAGCGAUGGGACCAGCUACAGUGGUGACCUUCUGGCCAUUUUGGACGUUCUGAAGAACAUGACGGAGAUCUUCAGGAGGGCAUACUACAGCCCCAGCGGUGCAGACAUGAGGAACUUUGUACAAUCAGUCAGCAAUCUGUUAAUGGAGGAGAACCGAGAUAGAUGGGAGGAAGCACAAUUGCUGGGACCCAACAUCAAAGAGCUGUUCCGUCUCAUGGAUGACUUUGUGGAUGUUAUUGGCCUGAGGAUGAAAGAUUUCCAGGACAUGUAUGAAGUCACCGAUAACCUAGUUUUGAGCAUCCACAAGCGUCCAGUGAUGGGUCACGCAGACAUCAACUUCCCCAUGAAGGGUUGGAGAGGUAUGGUGGACUGGGCCCGCAACUCUGAAGACAGAGUCAGCAUUCCCAAGAACAUCCUGUCCACAGGCAAGUCAGGUGAGACCAUCACCGAGGGCUAG